AUGUUCGCUUGCCAGAGAGUCACCGCCUCGAGGUGUCUCACCCAACGCUGCACGACCGCCAAUUCACUCAAUGCGACAGCAACAAGAACCUUUGCAACUCGCCGCCCCACUAUACCUGCCCCUGUCCUCUCAUCACCAGUAUCAGUACACGUCCCUCCACAGCAAAGUUCUCGCUCUGCCAUUGCUGGCCCUGCUGCCACUGCCGUUGCUCAAGGCCAAGCACGUUUCUCCCACCACCCCACCUCCUCGAAGUUCGGCAACCCCACCAUUAUCCCCCUCCACCCCCUCCCCUCGUCCAAAACUGUCCGAAGGGGCGCCAAAUACAAAAUCUUUGAAAGCUCCCACAACCUCCGCCCCUUCCACACUUCCUCUAUACACCCUAGAAUACCUCAAUUGAACAAAAUGGCGUCUCAGGAUUUCCGUCUUCUGUGCCUCGAGAACCCUCUGCUUGACAUUCAAGCAGUCGGCGACGAGGCUCUCCUCGCCAAGUACGGCCUCAAGGCUAACGACGCCAUCCUCGCCGAGGAGAAGCACCUCGGCAUCUACGAGGACCUCCUCAACAACUUUGACGCUAAGCUCAUCGCCGGCGGCGCCGCCCAGAACACGGCCCGCGGUGCCCAGUACAUCCUCCCGCCCAACUCAGUCGUCUACCUCGGAGGUGUCGGCGACGACAAGUAUGCCUCCAUUCUCCAUGACGCCGUCAAGACGGCCGGUCUCCGCGUCGAGUACCGCGUCGACCCUAAGAUUGCCACCGGCCGCUGCGCCGUCGUCAUCACCGGCCACAACCGCUCCAUGUGCACCGACCUCGGCGCCGCCAACCACUACGACCUCGAGCACCUGACUCGCCCGGACGUCUGGAAGCUCGUGGAAGGCGCCCAGGCCUACUACAUUGGCGGCUACCACUUCACCGUCUGCCCUGCCGCCAUCCAGAAGCUCGCCGAGGAGGCCGCCAAGAACAACAAGGUCUUUGCUGUUAGCUUGUCGGCCCCCUUCAUCCCCCAGUUCUUCAAGGACCCCCUUGACGCCAGUGCCCCCUACUGGGACUACAUCAUCGGCAACGAGACCGAGGCCGCCGCUUACGCCGAGUCCCACAACGUCGGCACCACCGACCUCAAGGAGAUCGCCAAGCACCUCGCCAACCUGCCCAAGGAAAACAAGCAGCGCAAGCGCGUCGCCAUUAUCACCCAGGGCACCGACCCCACCCUGGUCGCCGUCCAGGGCGAGGACAGUGUCAAGGAGUACCCUGUCAAGCCCAUCGCUAAGGAGCAGAUCAACGACACCAACGGAGCUGGUGAUGCCUUUGCUGGCGGUCUGAUGGCUGGUCUUGUUGACGGCAAGUCGCUCGACGAGUCUAUUGACAUGGGCCAGUGGCUGGCUAAGCUGAGCAUCCAGGAGCUUGGCCCUUCUUACCCCUUCCCUAAGCAGACCUAUUCCUCUGCCUAG